AAGCUUUGGUGGAAUCAUGUGCACAUCACCCCUGGACACGUUGGAGAUGGUGCAUUGCUAUGAGGUAGGGAGGACUCCGAUCUCGGGCGACCUUACGGCCGGUUGGUACGGGUCGAGUCCCUCAUAUAAAGUCUCCCUAGACUCGGAAUAGACUCGGACUAAACAUACUAUGAAGUCAAUUGAAGAAUAUUAACUCAUAAACGUUAUAUCUUAUAAUAGAAUAAUAAAAAGUUACUCACGCAGCGACCGGCUCCUAUCCUGAGAACCUCCUCACCCUCAUAAUGGCGGAGAAGAAAGACCAUUGGUCCACCGAGGCGUAUCAACACUCAGCCUCCUUCGUGCCGAAGCUCGCCACAAAGAUUUUACAGUGGCUCGAUCCACAGAAGGACGAUGUGAUCCUAGAUAUCGGCUGUGGUGACGGCGUGCUAAACAUCCAGCUGCAAGACAUCCUGGCCCAGGGUAACGGCAGCAUUCACGGCACGGACUCAUCGCCGGCUAUGAUCGAGGCAGCGACACAAGCAGCUAGCAAGGCCGGUGCUUCAAAGUGUACAUUCGAAGUCGUCGACGCCCUCCAACUAGCGCAGGCGCAACACUUACAGCGCGGGCACUUCACCAAGAUCUUCUCCAACGCAGCACUCCACUGGGUGUUCGGGUCCUCUAGAGGCGACGUAGAGCGCCAAGCCUCCGUAUUCCGCGCAGCACGAGACGCCCUAGCUCCCGGCGGCAUCUUCGCGUUCGAGAUGGGCGGCCUCGGUAACGUAGCCGAGAUCCGGGCCGCGCUCCUAGGAGCGGUAACGCGACGCGUCGGGUUGUCUACGGCAAUCGAGCAUGACCCGUGGUUCUUCCCCGACGAGGCGUGGGCCACGGAUAUGCUGGAGAAUAAAGUCGGGGGGUGGAAGGUCGAGAGGGCGGAGCGCGAGUAUCGUCCUACGCGGGCUGAUGCGGGUGGUGUGGAGGGGUGGGUGAGGUUAUUUGGGGCGCAGUUUUUUGAGGCGCUGAAGGAGGGGGAGGAGAGGGAGGAGUGUAUUAAGGAGGUGGUGGAUGUUUUGGAGUUUGUGUGUAAGAAUCCGAGCGGUGGGUUUCAUCUGGGGUAUGUGAGGUUGAGGGUGUUGGCGAGGAAGCUGUGAAUGUGGUUUCUUUUAUGUCUUGUGGAUAUUUGCGGCAAGGGAAUUGCAUGCUGCCUGAUAAUAUCCACCGUAGACAUGCACAUGCGAAGAAGUAGAUCGGUAGGAGGUGAAUAUAGCUUCACUUUAUUGAAAGUGUUAGGUAGCUAAGAAGGAAUAUGCUAAAAAAGGUAUUGGCUUAUCGGCUUAUAUAAAUGACCGCUUCAUUCUCAUACGACAAGUAAGAAAA